AUGAAGUUCCUUUCUGUCGUCUCGUUCGUGGGGCUUCUCGCCGCUGGCACCGCUGCCAUGCCUACUGCUGCUGACGCACUGAAGGCGCGCUUGGCUGUUCUCAAACGGACUGCUGCUCCUGAGAACGACACUUACCACUCAACCUCCAAGAAGAGAGAGGUCGACAUUUAUCAUUCCACCGACAAGAAGCGCGAAGCGGCCCCCGAGGGCGAUGUCUAUCAUUCGACUGCCAAAAAGCGUGAGACUGACAUCUAUCAUGCAACCGACAAGAAGCGUGAAGCGGCCCCCGAGAGUGACAUUUACCACUCGACCGCCACGAAGCGCGAGGAGGAUGUGUACCACCCUACCGUCAAGAAGCGUGAGACCGACAUCUAUCACGCAACCGAUAAGAAGCGUGGAGCGGCCCCUGAGAAUGACAUCUAUCACUCUACAGCUAAGAAGCGUGAAAGCGACACCUACCAUUCGACCGCCAAAAGACGCGAGACUGAUAUUUAUCAUUCCACCGACAAGAAGAAACGCGAUGCUGAUUCCGUCAUGUGA